CGAUUUUUAGCAUCUUGUGUUUUGGCUGUGCUGGGUAUCCUGUCGUAUGGUAAAUAAAGAGCCUGGGCUAGGCCUAGUUUGUUGAUCAACUCUAAAGGCAAAAGUCUGCAAAAGACUGUUUGCAUCGUUGCAAUCAUGCCGAAAUUUACUCCUCAUCAUAAACUUAUGCGGAGGUUUAGCGAUCCAGCUUCUUUUCAGAAAACUGAAGUGGAUAUAUCAGAAGAGGACUCCAUGUCAAUGUCAAUACCAACGACACCCAUCGAUGAAAACGAUAUUGAUCUUGUAAAUCUGCAGGUUCAAAAUGAGGCAGAUCUGACAGACGACCAACAACUCCGACGUCCGAUGAAUGCGUUUCUGUUAUUCUGCAAAAGGCAUCGCGGCAUUGUCAAGCAGAAACAUCCAUGGCUGGACAACCGGUCAUGCACCAAGAUGCUGGCCGACAUGUGGGCUGUGUUAGAUCCUGAUGAAAAGAAUAGAUACCUACAGUUAGCUAGAGAGUGUAAAGCAGCUUUCAUGAAAGCCCAUCCUGAUUACAAGUGGUGUGGUACUAGUCGUCACAAGUCAAGUCCCGGGGCGUGUUCCGGUGCUUCAAGGAAAGCGUUUCCAAUGCAGGACGUGUCAAAGCUAAACCUGAGCAUGAUAGCCAAGGAAGGCAUUACUGUUGGCAAGCUGGCAGAUCCUGAGAGCAUGGGCGGUUUGAGUAUGCUGCUACUAGCCGGACAAACUAUGGUUAAACCAGACAGUGCAUCCAUAUCAACAAAUGCUAAUCAAGAAACAGAGGAUCAAGAAGACCCUGUUAGUCCAACCUCUUCCCUGUUUCAAUUAGCCGAGAUGUGUUCCGAUCGUUUGCCAAUGUCCGUCAUGUUGAAGAAGAAGGAAAUGGAAGAAUCUGUGAACAAAACAGAAAUGAAGUUUCUGAACUCUUCCAUAAAAUCUGAACAAAACAAAGAUGAAUCUAACAUGGAGACAUCAUCAAAGAAGAAGAGAAGGAAAUCUGAAAUUCAAAGUAAUACAAGUUUAGAUAAAAAGGACAAUAUGAAUAAGGAUGUUUCGAAACAUUCAAACUCAAGAGAUGACGAUAUUAAAAAGAAAGGAUCAAAGAUUAAAAGUAAAGGGAAGAAAAAGAAGAAAUCAAAAACCAGGGAUAAAGAGACUGAAAAUAUUGAAAGCAAAACGAGUGAACACGAUGCAAUAGAUACCCGUGAUGGUCAUGAUAAUGAUGAAGUAAAUGGACUGAACAGUCUGGAAGAAACAGAAUCACAAGAUAUAGACAGUGAUGACAUAAAGGUGGAAUCAGACACCGAUAGAAUGUCAGAAGACGGAAACGGCAUCCCAAGACGGCGGAAGUCGUCACGAUCUUGCAAAGGAAGGCUUUACCGAGAGUUUGUUAUGGAAGGAAUGCUGGAGACAUUGCAACGUCAAGAACGACCGUUCAACUGUAAGAAGACUUGGCGCCAUGAAAAUACGACGUUCACAGAUGAGGAGGACAUGAUCUUUGAGCAAGAGGUUGAGAAAUGGAAAAAGACAAGUAGGAAACGACCCCGCAGGAGAACUGUCAGUGGGUCUGGCUCAUGUAAUAUUGAUUACGGAGAGAUCAACAUAGAAGCGAAACUAGCAGCUCUGCCCCAGCUGACCAUGGAUCAGUUCCGACCCAAAACCAAAGCCCAACGUUCAAAGAAAAGUGCCAAAAUGUACAAGAAUGCCAUGUUUUUAAGAAAGGAAGCUAAAGAUCGAGCCAAAGCAAAGGGAAAUGUAGCCAUGAUAAAAUCAAGGAAAGCUGAACCGGAAAUCACAGGCAGCCGCAAACGCAAAGCCAAGAAAUCUUCCAUCGUCCACUUGGUCCCACUUUCUGAAGCUCCAACCUUGUAAAUGUGAGUGUCCACAAGACUACAACCCCAGGAGCCAUCUCUUCAGCCAGUAUUCAUCGUCCUCCUCUUAUGGUACCAUAAAUAUCGUCCUUGUGGUACCAUAAUGUCCUCCUUGUGGUACUAUAAUGUCCUCCUUAUGGUACCAUAAUGUCCUCCUUUCAUCCUACCACAAAAUGCUCAGUCUUGCCUUAUCAGCAUUAAAACGAUGGUGCACUCCAAAAGAUGGUACGCUUCAACAAGAACAAAACUGUACUGCUGAUCUUAUAAGGUAUUUUUUCGAUAUAAUUCCGUAGAAAAGGAUGCCAAAAAAUAUGAGUUUCUUACAGUUUGCCAAAUUGGUACAUGAUUCAGGUUUAACCAAGGUAGAGAGCAUUUGUUUAAGGGGUGAAGAGGAUUAGCAAGAAAUAAAGAACUUUAAAAAAAAACAAACAAAUUACUGCUCCUUGAUAUUUAUGGCAGGGUGAAAUGGAUGUGAUCAAAACCGGCUAUAUAAACCCAAUCAGUAGUUCAGGUUGCCAAAAUUCUACCCAUUUCUUCAGUCUUUCUAGUCUUUAAUUGGCUGUUUGUAUUCUUUACUACAGUACAGGGUAAAAGUUACAAAUUUUACAGUAUUUAAGGUAUAAUUGGUUUAAUCUAAAAGAACAGUAAUUAUGAUUUUCCUUCUUAUUCCACAUCAAUGAUACCAGAGAGCACUCCGACAAGAAAGUGUACGUGGGUAAUAAUACCUCACAGAAAUAGACCUUUUUUUCGCAUGAAUUAAAUGCCAAAGUAUAGGUUGGCAUGUCUAUCUAUUUCAAUUGGUUUUUUUUUCUAGAUUUUGCUAAAGACAGUAGGCCUAUGUUUUUUUUUUAAAUUUAGGUGACAUGUAAACCAUAGUUUUUGCUUCAGACAAUUUAAACUUAAAAUUUAAUUUUUUGUACUGUGCUUUACUAGAGAAUUUUCUAAGAAAUUCCAAAUACCAAGGUUAGGUUCUCACUGGAACGUUCGAUCGGUUAACGCUAACCGUUACCAGGAUCUAUUGAUAUGCUACCAGUUAGCAAGUUGAGCGCGUUUCUAUUAUUAACCAAUCACACGUACGCAUUUUAAGUUUCCAGGUUCCUAUUGGUCAGUGAUCCCAUCAUCAUCAUCAUCUUGAUAUCUGGAUCGGAAAUUUUUUUGUAUGAACACAAGUGUGAGUACGUAUGAUAUUUAUCUGGAUCCUGCUAACCGUUAGUUGGUGUGUGUGAACCAUAAUGAAGCUUAAAAUAUACUUUCUGUUUCUCCUUUACAAUAUUUAACUGCUAGAUUUAUUUAUCAAAGUAUAUUGUAAGAAAUAAAAAGUUUAUGUAAAUUACUUGUAAAUAAUAUCUUUUAUCUAUUGUUAAAAUUAAGCCAAACAGUGAUUAUUGGAACUAAGUCCCAGUAAUUAAUUUGAACAUGAAUUAUUAAUCUGUAAAAGCAGAGAGGCUUAUGAUAGCUAUUGUUUGUAAAAUUCCACCAAAUUUUAUUCAGUAACAUCUCAAUAUAAUUUGUAUAUAAAAAAAAUGAAAAAUAAUGUUCAAAUUUAUUUUAAAUAUUCAAAUAUUUUAACUAAAAGCGGUAUUAGGCAAUUUUAACUGUUUUUGUAAAUAAGGCUAAAUUAAAAAAAUAAACUCUUGUCUGUCCCACUCUUUAAUCUUUAUUGGGGUACAGCUUUCCUUUUACUCACACAAGCCAAACCACUCAGAUAAUUACGCAGAAUUCUCUAGGGGUGUGUUCGGGCGAGAACAGGAAAAAUUUACAUAGGGUUGUUACCGGUAUUGUAUCGGUGGGUGGUCUACCGGUUUGUGCAGAAUUUGGCUUUCAAAAAACCAUUAACCUCUGACAUAAGACCUAAGGUAUUAUGCAAAUGAUGAGUUUUAUCAAGUUUCCCUGGACCUUGCGUCACCCCAUGCUUUAAGAAACGGACAUUGGCGUUGGUACACUGCAUAAUGUUGUUGUCUCAAAAUCAAGUAAUGAAAUGACCGAUAAAACUACAACAAUCAGCUUCAUAAAGCAUAGGGCCUACAUUUAAAACUCCCAAUAAUCGCAGAUGUGCAUUUUGAGCAUGUAAACCCAGAAUAAACUUUGGUAGUAUUAUAAAACAGAAAAUUACUACCAUUGUUAAACGAAUAAGCUGUGGUACCACGAUCACGUAUGGCGGAUGUAUGUAAUAGGGUAACAAUCUGGAUUGUAGGCUAGCCCUCCGUUGAAAUAAUUUAUUUUAUCGAGCUUUUCAGUUUUGUUUUUGGAAAUAUUAAACUGAAAAAGAAGCAGGGACCAUGAACGUUAAAACAGACUUUACUUUUGGGGCGUGUUAAAACAAUCAAAGGGGAUUAAGUGAUAAGAAAUGCUCCCUGCUGCUAACACAUGCUGCUUUUUCUCCUCCAAAAACACUGCAAUUUGCCGUGUUGGAUUAUCAGCGGAUAUCAGCAGGCGGUCCGCGUUUAACACCCGUUCGGGUGAGAACCGGAAAUGGCCGUUUCCGGAUUUAUACCAUGUUAGACUCCACAAAAAACUCGCCCGAACGUACUCUAAGUCCUUGGUACUGAUUAAAUAUCUGUGUGUGCUAGGCCUAGAUGUCCAAAAAUAUAUAGUGGCUAAAUUUGCAACUAAAGGGGCCUACCGUUAAUGACUUAGUAAAAAACCGUAGUGCUUAAAAACAUUAUGGCGACUUCAAUGUGGUGCUUAUUCAAGAAUGGGAACUUACUUCAGGUCGGUGCUUGUUACAAAUUAUUGGAGGCCUAGAUGAGUAGUUGCAAUGCUAGUAUUAUUUGGUUAAGCAACACGACAUCAAAAAUGAAAUGAGCAUCACAGCGCUUAUAUGAGAGCGAUGCUUACCAAAAGAUGUUGGUGACGAGCUUAUUCAAAAGCGCACUUUAUUCAAAAUACUUAUUCAAUCAUUGUAAGACCUUUUUUUUUAUAUUUGGCCCUAAAUCUCUGUCCACACUAUGAAAAAAAAUAUGUGGUGUGCCCAUAUUUGGGUAUAAUAUGACAUCAUCAUGCCCAUAUAUGGGCACAUGACUCAAAUUUGUCGCUUAAAAUUUUAUAGCGUGGACAGUGCUUCACUUUGUAUGAAAAUUCUUAGAUUUUGUGAAUUUUUUUUUACUUUUGUAUUGAUUGGCGUAUCUACAAGAACUGAACACAAUUAUGAACAAUUUUAAUACAUUUAUUUUGUGUGUUAAGUAAUGUGAAUAGAUCUUUUCUGAGUGUCAAUCAAAUUUAAAAACUGACCAAUCAGAACAGUGCCAUGGAUAUGCGCUUGUCUAACAAAUACGCAUGUUGUCCCACAUGAAUAUCCAAGGGGCGUGGCUUAGCACAAAGGUCAUAUUAAUUGACAGGUGGCCGAGCUGAGAUUGUGUGUCUGCAACACGGCAAUAAACCGCUUCAGUUUAACUCUCUUUGCUCAAAACAAUGAAUGUGAUGUUUGUUUCUAAGAGUUUCGAUAUGGCAAUAAUUAUUUUUGGUAAAAAUGGUUCCACUAUUUGAGAACCGUAAUAAAUGUUAAGGCAUAUUAUGAAUAUGAUGACCAUAAUCAUAUAUACUGUGCAAAUACAAUGUGCAGUAAAUUUAAUUUUAGGUCUUAUUAUAUUCUAAUUUAAUAUUUUCCAUUAGAAUUUUGUAAAUUUAAACAUAGUCAUUUAUUUUGCUUUUUAUUUUCAAUAGGCUUUCACUUGUUCUAAAUCUGUCUCUUACUGAAGAAAUUAAUGCAUUAAAGACUUUUGUCUUGGUUUAUGUAAUAAAUUUAAAGAAUAUAAUUAAAUAUUUGAAUUUUUUACUUUGUAUAUAAUUAUAAGUUAUUAAUAUAAAUUGAAAAUUACAGCGAACAAAUUAUUUUCCCUCCUAAAGUACACCAAUGUAAUACAUACAUUACACCAUUUCUAUAUUCUUUGCUUAUACCCUUAACAUUGGUUGUUGAGACUUUUUAGUAAUGUCAGUAAAUUUGCGAAAACUGAAUAAUUGACCACUACUGCAGUGAAUUUGUGCGCUUUAUAAAUCUUAUUAUGUUUUUUGUCUUGUUGAAAGUUGAUAACAUAUUUUAUCAUUUUACUAUAUCAAUUUAAAUAUUUUAUGGUUUUCUAGAUAAUAUUUUGCUAUUUUAAUUGUUGCACUGACGUUUCCUAUUUAUAGCCUUGAACCAGGGUGAAUCCAGGCUCAAAGGCUUGUAUAUUUAGAGGCUUGGGGGUGGUACGUAUGCCCCUGGAAGCUCUGAUCUUUAGCCAUUUGAAUCUCUUAUCUAAAUGAUUUUACACUUGGUUUUCUUUUUAGCUGCUGCCGAUCGAGGGGUGAGCACUGCUUCCACCAUCUAAUUGCCACAGUCAGUAAUGUUAUAAUUAUUUUGUGGUGCUAUCUGAAAUUCAUCAGUAUUUAUCACAAUUGAGUGGCAUUUUACCUACAUGUAUUAACGUAUUGACUUUGUCUUAAGAAAUAUAUUCUGUUACUGAUAGUAAUCUUACUAACGUCUAAAAAUGGUUUAGGGAUUUUUGCCUGUGUUCCUUUUCUCUUAGUCUUAUGGUGAGUGAAGUGGCGUUAGCAGGUGUGUGUCUUGUUCUUCAAUCUCCUAUGCCUUCUACAUUAAUUGAGAGCACUGUGCUUCAUACAUGUAGUUUUAAAAUUCACCAAAUUUGAAUGAUGGAUCAGCCAAAACAGACCAUGACGAACAACCCAGGGAAAUUCUUGUAAUGAUAACAAAGAAAGGAAAAGAGGCAAGGUAGAUUGCAAUUUUAGGCCACCACAGAAUAUGUUCUUUAUCCUGGGCCCAUACUUCCAGCUGAAUCUCAUGCAAUAAUGUAUUACUUUCGUGACGGAUGCUAUCAGCAACAAUUUUUGAUCAAAACUUAUUGUUGGUUAUUGAGCAUGUCCAUCAUAAUUAAAUUGUAAAUGAGCACAAAACUGCUCUAUAAGCUACUGAAAUAAUACUUGGCAAAAUAUAUUUUUACUACAUUUCAAAAUGAUGUUCUAGUAGGCUUCAUGUAUUUUAGUUUAUUGUAAACCUUCCAAUAACUAAACUGUGCCAGAUGGUUAAUGAAGAUAUUUGCAUUUUAUGUUUAAAAUUGUUACAUUUUAGAAUGUAAUGCCUAUCUUUUGUUUCUCAUUUUAAUGUUUCUUUCAUGAAAUUUUAGUACAACACCUCAUGUAUUUGUAGUACUGAACAUCUGUUUUUUGCAAUUUUUAAAAAAGUAUGCAUGCAUCAGUUUUUGCCUGUUAUAUUCAAUGGUCUACUGUGCACUCAAAGGAGUCAAGGGUGGUUUGCAGAGUACAAACAAAUGUUGUGGGGGAGAUGGGGAGAACAAAAUUUGGGAUAACAGCUUAGCUAUCUAUUUAAAAUGUUGGGAAGUGCAUGUACCCCAUGCCUCUUUCUUCCCUCCAUCUCUGAUACUGGAGCCUAGCAUUUUAAUUGAUUAAAACAAUAAAUAAUAGUUCAGAUCCACACUGAGACACAAAUGUCCUAUAGUACUGUAUCGUAAUGCAUCACCCAAAAGGUUUAAGUUUUGGGCAUGCACUUUCCCAACUCUCUUUUUACUACUUGUGGCUACAUCUCUUCUUUGAUGAUUGUUUUAUCCACCAGAGCAGAAUUAGAUGUUAAGAAUAGGCACGUAGAUGUUGGAGUUAAAAUAUUCAACAGAACUGCCAGUAUGUCUUAUUUCAAUCAAAUAAGACUAUUAUUUUUUUGUUGUAAAAAAAAUAGAAUGCAUUGUACAGUACAAAGAUUGUUUAGCUCACAGUGUAUUCUUAAGAACCAGUUUACUACCAUCAUUUUUAUUUUCCUCACUUUUUUAAUCUAUAGUAUUUCAUAUUUCUAUGUCAAUUUUGCCGUUUAUUUAUAAAUGUUUUUAAAGAAAAGUUGUAUAUGUAUUUUUAAAGAUUUUUAUUAAGAAACAAAUUGGUGUGCAACAUAUGGAAAUGAAUUUUUUUUAAUUGGAUUGAAUGUGUAUAGUAACAAACAUGGAAAAUGAUUGAUGGCCAUUGGUCAGAGAUAUCAACUGAAUCAACUCUAUCACUUUCCAAGAAAUUUUGUUUUAAAGAUCUAAAUAUCAGUUCUGUAUUUAGUGUCAUUAAUAAUAAUGUUUAGUUUUUAUAAAACAAAAGGAAAGGCACAGUAACAAAACUGUAAUAAAUAAUGAACAAGCAAUCCAUGUUUGUCUUUAAAAUAAUGAGUCAUGUAAAUUUCUUUGUGAUGCCGACUCAUGAACAUGGUUCAGCAAGUCGGCACAUUAGAUAGACAAGUUUAUUAAAAAUCAGUUCAAAUGUACAACAUUCGACCUAUUCUAGACAAGUAUAUGUAUUAGUUAGCAUUUCAUAUUUUAACAAUAUGUACCAAUUAAAGGUGUAGCUUAUUAUAGAUAUUUUACUAUAUUUUAUGGAUAAACAUGUAUCAUCUCCAAAAAUCCUUAAUUUAAUACCUUUGUACAUUAGAGUAUAAUUAAUUACCAGGACACAUGAAAUGUGUAUGCAGUACAGUAAUAGAUUAUAGGAUUGCAUGCCAAACAUUGCUAUAAUAUAACAUGAUGUUUUACACACUUAAGACAAGGUAAUAAUAGUAAUAAAACAGUCUUAAGCA